AUGGGCUCUCCCUCUACGAGCAAAUGGCCUCCGUCCAAUGGGACGCCCGGAAAGUACGAUAAUUUCCACUGCGGCAUCUUUCUUGGCCUUGAUUCCUCCCUGGCAGGAAUGCGCCUCCCAGCAAGAUAUGCCCGGGCGAUCAGCAUCGAGAAUCAAGACUUAUCUCCCGCGCGCUCCACUUGGCGCAUCGUGAGUGUCACAGCGCACGAGAUCGGCAAAAAGCAUCACUCAAUCUGGGUUCCUGAUCUGUCUCGCUUCUCUGGAAGGCUGGAAAAGGAAUUAUCCUGA